UUAACACGUGAUAGCAGACAACACUGCCGUCGACUGCAAGCAAAAUUGCGGGAAAGUCACAAAAUUGCAGCAAGAAGUUCACCAAGAUCCAGUAUUCAUUUAUUGUUGAAUUAGGAGAAAAGAAUGUCUUCUCCAGGUAGUGCCGCAAGUAGCCCGGGUAGUCGCCGUGGUAAGAGAAAUCGCGUCGAGGAUGAUGACCCAAGCGUUGAUAAAACACCCAGCAAGAAAGGGCGCAAAGCUUCACAACAAAGUGGUACACCUUCUAGGAGGAGUGCAAGAGGGGCGGCUGGAGCUUCAGAAACAAGAACACCAACGCGUCAGGCUGGUAAACGUGGAAGUGCCGCAUCUUCUCCUGGCUCUCAGUUGAACGGUCGACCGAUUGACUCCUCCCCAGAUGGUGACCUACGACCUUUGCCCUCAUCUCCGCCUUCUGGAGGCUUCCAAGGGAUCCAGGACACCUCGGUGUUCUCUAGCCCAGGACUCUCGAGAGCAGGAACUAGUGAAAUUGCGAUGAGUUCACCUCUGAACUACGGAACCCCCAGCUCAAGGAUGAGUGGCACACCAGGAAGAAUGGCUGGGACACCUGUGCGACCUCGUAAUGACAUCACCAGUAAUCGCAAGCUACGUCAGGUCAACCUGCACUCUGACCCUCCUGGAGAUGCCACUGAGCCAACUGCAGCGGUUACCAGUGAACAGCCCGGUGGCCCGCAACUGGUCAUCUGGGGAACCAACGUGGUGGUCAGCGAAGCCAAGGAGAAGUUCACUCGCUUCAUUCAAAGGUUCAUUGACCCCGAGGCGGAUGAAGCGGAAGGAAUUGACCCCAACGAGCCCUUGUAUCUGCAGAAACUUGAUGAGAUCCACACCCUUGAGCUACCGUUUCUCAACAUUAACUGCCAGCAUCUUGGCCAGUUUGACAAUGACCUCUAUCGUCAACUUGUCUGCUACCCACAAGAAGUCAUACCAACCUUUGACAUGGCGGUCAAUGAAAUGUUCUUUGAGCGUUAUCCUGACACAAUGCUGGAGCAUCAGAUACAAGUGCGGACCUACAAUGCCGAUAAAACCAAGAAUAUGCGCUCCCUCAAUCCAGAAGACAUUGAUCAGCUAGUGACGAUCAGUGGCAUGGUGAUCCGUACCUCUCAGCUCAUGCCAGAGAUGAGAGAGGCUUUCUUCCGCUGUCACGUUUGCGCAUUCACCAUGACGGUGGAGAUCGACAGAGGGCGUAUUGCCGAGCCCGCAGUGUGCCGCUCCUGUCAGACCAAACAUAGCAUGGCUCUGAUUCACAACCGCUCACAGUUCUCAGACAAACAGAUGGUCAAGCUGCAAGAAUCCCCUGAUGAUAUGCCAGCGGGUCAAACCCCACACACCGUCAUUCUGUACGCGCACAACGACCUCGUUGAUUCGGUUCAACCUGGUGAUCGCGUGACUGUGACCGGGAUCUACCGCGCCACUCCGCUGCGUGUCAACCCACGCCAACGUAAUGUGAAGGCUGUGUAUAAGACGUACAUAGAUGUGAUUCAGUUCUGCAAGAGCGACUCGAGUAGAUUGCAUGAACAGAAGGAUGAUGGAGAUGACCAGAGGAUCUUCACAGAUGAGCGGAAGCAGGAAUUGAUCGACUUAUCACAGAAAGAAGACAUCUAUGAGAGACUGGCCAGAGCCUUAGCUCCAAGCAUCUUUGAAAAUGAGGACAUCAAGAAGGGAAUUUUAUGCCAGCUUUUUGGAUCCACCAAGAAAGAUUUUUCUGCAGCAGGACGCAGCCAUUUCAGGUCUGAGCUUAACAUUUUAUUAUGUGGUGACCCCGGCACAAGCAAGUCUCAACUUCUGCAGUAUGUGAACAGUCUGGUCCCAAGAGGGCAGUAUACAUCAGGCAAAGGUUCCAGCGCUGUCGGUCUGACGGCUUAUGUAACCAAAGAUCCAGAAACCAGGCAGCUGGUUCUACAAACGGGUGCACUCGUACUCAGUGACAAUGGUAUUUGUUGCAUUGACGAGUUUGAUAAGAUGAAUGAUAGCACACGUUCUGUUCUUCAUGAAGUGAUGGAGCAGCAGACCCUCUCCAUUGCUAAGGCUGGUAUUAUUUGCUCCUUGAAUGCCCGUACAUCCAUCCUUGCUGCCGCCAAUCCUGUAGAUUCCCAGUGGAACCCAAAGAAGACCAUCAUUGAUAACAUCCAGCUUCCACAUACUCUACUCUCAAGAUUUGAUUUGAUCUUUCUGAUUCUGGAUCCACAAGAUGAGAUUUUCGAUCGUCGUUUGGCCAAUCACUUAGUGUCACUCUACCACCAGGGUGGGGAGUUGUCGACCAAUGAACACAUGGACCUGAAUCUUAUGAGAGAUUACCUUUCUUACGCCCGUUCCUACGUCCAUCCCAAACUCAGCGAGGAGGCAGGACAGCUUCUCAUCCAGGCCUAUGUAGAGAUGCGGAAGAUCGGCAGCGCUAGGGGGAUGGUUUCUGCCUACCCAAGACAACUAGAGUCUUUGAUUCGCUUGGCUGAGGCCCAUGCAAGGAUGAGAUUUUCUAAUGUUGUGGAGAUCGUGGAUGUGGAUGAGGCAAAGAGAUUGCAUUAUGAAGCCUUGAAGCAGUCUGCCUUUGAUCCCCGCGAUGGAACAAUCAACAUUGACAUCUUGGCCACUGGACUGAGCACAUCGGCUCGUAAACAACGAAUGGAAGUUAAAGGGGCUAUCAAGAAGAACAUCGAAGGCAAGGGUAAAGUGGCCACCGUUAAAUACCAGAUGACAUUCGAGGAGGUCAGACAACAAUCAGAAGUGCCAAUCACCAAAGAGAUGUUUGAUGGUGCUUUGAGAGAGCUACAGGAUGAAGAUGUCCUUAUUUGGCUCGGCAAGAACAUCCGUCUUAUGAAGUAGACCAUCAUAUGAAAGCAUCUGGAAUAUACUACUUUUAACUUUCAUACUUACCAGAAAGUAAAGGAGGUAUUAAAACAAAUACACUGUUGUCAUUUUUUUUUAAGAUCAAAGUGUGGGGGCCCUUAUGUAAAGUGAUUAGUAUUUUUAUAAGGAGGUGCU